CAGCUCUCACGCCCAAAUUCUCUGCGGCAGAUCACCCGAAACGCACGCCGUACCGCCGCGUCGGCUCGGCCGCUCUGCUAGUUUUCCUGCUAGUAAAGCACAGAGAGACAUCGGCGCUGCCAGCCGGGCCGGAGUAAAUUCUGCGCGAGCUCUGCAGCUCCGGCGGCGCUGCUCCUUCCUCGCGGCGCCUGCCUGCCCGCGCCGCCUGAGCGAAGUUCGCGUCUUUUCCAACCCACGCCUCGACAGGACAGUAAAUCCUGCGGCGCGUCGCGCAGCCGCACCCGCCGACGACCUCCCCCUAUUUUUACUAGCCCCGCGUCAUUCCAGUUUCCACCACCCGGCCUCUGCUCCUUCGGCCUCCUGCAGCAAAGCGUGCUCGCUUCGUGGUUUCGUGUUGACAGCGAGCGCGCCGGUUCGCCUGCGGCGGCGGCGGGGAGCAGGGAGGAUGGUGCCGGGCGAGCUGGCGGAGGACGCCAUCGUGGCGGACGCCGGGAACAGCAAGGACGGGGAGGUGCGCGCGAUGGGCAUCGGCGACGACGCCGAGCAGCAGCAGCAGCGCGACGGCGGGUUCGGCCUCAAGAGCCUCCUGUGGCACGGUGGCUCCGUCUGGGACGCCUGGUUCAGCUGCGCCUCCAACCAGGUGGCACAGGUGCUGCUGACGCUGCCCUACUCGUUCUCUCAGCUGGGCAUGGUCUCCGGCGUGCUGCUGCAGGUCUUCUAUGGCCUCAUGGGCAGCUGGACGGCCUACCUCAUCAGCGUCCUCUACGUCGAGUACCGCGCCCGCAAGGAGAAGGAAGGCGUCAGCUUCAAGAACCACGUCAUCCAGUGGUUCGAGGUCCUGGACGGGCUCCUGGGCCCGUACUGGAAGGCCGCCGGGCUCGCGUUCAACUGCACGUUCCUGCUCUUCGGCUCGGUCAUCCAGCUGAUCGCCUGCGCAAGCAACAUCUACUACAUCAACGACCGGCUGGACAAGCGGACGUGGACGUACAUCUUCGGCGCCUGCUGCGCCACCAGCGUCUUCAUCCCCUCCUUCCACAACUACCGCGUCUGGUCCUUCCUCGGCCUCGGCAUGACCACCUACACCGCCUGGUACCUCACCAUCGCCGCCGCCGUCCACGGCAAGCACGGUCGCGAUGAGCUAACAACAGUGACCGUCCUGCGCAUGUCGGCGCGCCGCGCAGAUCGACGGCGUCACACACUCGGGCCCGAACAAGCUCGUGCUCUACUUCACCGGCGCCACCAACAUCCUCUACACUUUCGGCGGCCAUGCGGUCACUGUCGAGAUCAUGCACGCGAUGUGGAAGCCUCGGAAGUUCAAGUACAUCUACCUGCUUGCGACGCUGUACGUGUUCACGCUGACGCUGCCGUCCGCGGCGGCCAUGUACUGGGCGUUCGGCGACCAGCUGCUGACGCACUCGAACGCCUUCUCGCUGCUGCCGAGGACGGGGUGGCGCGACGCGGCGGUGAUCCUGAUGCUGAUCCACCAGUUCAUCACGUUCGGGUUCGCGUGCACCCCGCUCUACUUCGUGUGGGAGAAGGUGGUGGGCAUGCACGAGACCCGCAGCGUGUGCCUCCGCGCGCUGGUCCGCCUCCCCAUCGUCGUCCCCAUCUGGUUCCUCGCCAUCAUCUUCCCCUUCUUCGGGCCCAUCAACUCCGCCGUCGGCGCGCUCCUCGUCAGCUUCACCGUCUACGUCAUCCCCGCCCUCGCCCACAUGCUCACGUAUCGCUCGGCGUCCGCCAGAUUGAACGCCGCGGAGAAGCCGCCGUCGUUCCUGCCGAGCUGGUCGGGGAUGUUCGUGGUGAACGCGUUCGUGGUGGCGUGGGUGCUGGUGGUCGGCUUCGGGCUCGGCGGCUGGGCUAGCGUCACCAACUUCGUCAAGCAGAUCGACACGUUCGGGCUCUUCGCCAGGUGCUACCAGUGCCCGCCGAAGCCGCACGCCGGGUCGCCGCUGCCGGCGCCGCCGCACCACUAAGGAGCGGGGCGAGGCGAGUGCCAACUGCCAAGGGCUUUGUCGUGCCGACGGGUCCCAAAAAACAGAGAGACCUCCUCGGUGCGAGAGGAGCCUUUGGAUCUGCUGGUUCCCGGGCGCCUUGCUGUACACAAACCGUCCUAGAGUGACUACAAACAAAUAGUGGAGCAGCUUGAGUUCAUUGACUAGGGAAUAGGGAUACCGUGCUGGACUUUGCGUUCUGUCGCGUGGAUUUGAUUUGAUGCAUCGGUUGGUGUGGCUUUUUUCUGUGUUUGGGUUGUUGCACAUGGUUUGGUCUGUAGGCUGUUCGGUCUCCCGCUACAUGGCACCUGGUACAAGAAUGCCAUGUACAGUGUGGUCGCCCCUCAAUUUCGGUUCAGCACCGACAGAAAGAUCUUGAUCCUAGUUCAGCGUCACUGUAACGGAUGAUGGGCCACAGCCCAAAACAUAUUUCACAUUGCC